AUGCAGCAGCUGCGCGCCCCCAAGCAGCUUGGCGCUGCUCGCGCGCGCCCGGCGCGUCCCGCCCCGCCGCGUGGCCCCCUGCGUGUUCGCGCGGCGGCCGCGGUGGAGAGCAGCCCCACGAGCGCCACCCAGGACGCCGCCAGCUUCACAUCGCAUGUCGUCGGGGAGGAGGCAAAGUACGUGCUGCAGACGUACGCGCGGCCGGCUGACGUGGUGUUUGUGCGCGGCGAGGGCGCCAAGCUCUAUGACGCGGGCGGCAAGGAGUACCUCGACAUGGCCGCGGGCAUCGCCGUGAACGCGCUUGGCCAUGGUGACGCACGCUGGUACGAGGCCCUGUCGCGCCAGGCCGGCAUCUUGUCUCACACAAGCAACCUAUUCCACACCGUACCCCAGGUUGAGCUGGCCAAGCGCCUGGUGGAGAAGUCCUUCGCCGACAAGGUAUUCUUUUGCAACAGUGGCACUGAGGCCAACGAGGCCGCCAUCAAGUUUGCACGCAAGUACGCCCGCGUGCAUGCCGGCAUCGACCCUUACGACCCCCACGCCACAGCGCCCCACGAGAUCGUGUCGUUUACCAACUGCUUUCAUGGGCGCACCAUGGGUGCCCUGGCCUUGACGUACAAGGAGCAGUACAAGAGCCCCUUCCUGCCCGUCAUGCCGGGCCACGUCCUGGCGGAGUACAACAACCUGGAGUCUGCGGCGGCCGCCAUCAAGAAGGGCAGCACCGCCGCAGUGUUCGUGGAGCCUGUUCAGGGUGAGGGCGGCUGCACCCCCAGCCAGGUGGCGUUCCUGUCUGGCCUGCGCUCCCUUUGUGACGAGGCGGGCGCCCUGCUGGUGUUUGACGAGGUGCAGUGCGGCCUGGGGCGCACCGGCAAGCUGUGGGGCUACGAGAACUAUGGCGUUGAGCCCGACGUCAUGAGCCUGGCCAAGCCGCUGGCAGGGGGGCUGCCCAUUGGCGCGGUGCUGCUGAAGCAGGCGGUCGCGGACGUCAUGAAGCCGGGCGACCACGGGUCCACGUUUGCGGGCAACCCCCUGGUGUGCGCCACCGCAACCGCCGUGGUGGACGUCAUCAGCGACCCGGCCUUCCUCGCCUCGGUGGAGGCCAAGGGCGAGCGCCUGCGCGCCGGCCUGCGCGCGGCCACCGCGGGCAACCCCCAUGUUUUGGAGGUGCGCGGCGUGGGCCUGCUUGUGGGCGUGCAGCUGGACGUGAUGGCCGGCAAGGUCGUGGAGGCAGCCCGCGCCGAGGGCCUGCUCAUCAUCACGGCCGGCAAGGGCGACGUGGUGCGGCUGGUGCCCCCGCUGGUCAUCAGCGACGAGGAGAUUGACCACUGCUGCCGCGUGCUGGCGGGUGUGCUGGCCAGGCUCGACUCCCUGUGA